AUGAAACUUACAGAGAUCUCAUUUGACCGCCUUCGGUCCGCCACGGUUACAGAACUCUUUGAUAUCUCAGAGAAUUCUGGGCUUCUGGACGAUGCCAACCUCAGUGAUUCCGAAGAUCUUCGGGAAAGACUCAUCCUGAUGAAGAGGAAAUUGGAGGGCAGCAGCAACAAAUGGAAGAGUUUGUUCCGAAACACUCAUCAGGAAACGAAAGUGAAAGUUGAGUCCCUUGUUCAGCUGAUCAAAACAGUGGAGAAAACGUUUCAGACAAUCCCAACAGAAUCGCUGUCUGAGAUUCUCCGACAAGAGGGCCAUCUGCAUAGCAGGGAAUUUGCUGAAGGAGAUUUCCACACGACUAAAGAACCUCACAGAAAGACGAAGUUUAGUAGUUGUUGCAGGUAUGUAUGCAGUAACAUGAGAGAAACCAAUGGAGGAAAAAGUACAUUUCUCAAUCUGCUUCUUGGUGAAGACAUUCUACCCACAGAUGUUCUACACUGCACGGUCACCAUAUGUAAGAUUUCGUACUCUGAGAUAUACAGCAUUAAGACAAUAGACUAUGAUGGUAUCGAGGAAUAUUUUCCUUGUUCUUCACUGAAAGAAGUGAAAGCGGUCCUCAAAAAUAAGCUCACACAGCAAGAGAUGAAGGAAAGAGAAGUGGAAUCCUCCGUUAAGGAGAUUAUUAUUGGCAUGCCAGCAGACAUACUUAAGAGUGGAGUCAUUCUGGUAGAUACACCGGGUAUUGGAGAGAACGAAGUCAUGGACGAUGUAACGAUGAAUUUUAUCAAGUCAACACACGUCUCUGCUUUUAUCUAUGUCAUCAAGUCAGAUACGGCAGGAGGGAUACAGGAAGAUAGACUUCUUAGCUUUCUUCGAGCCAUUAAAGAACAGUACUCCUCCAACACAAUGAUUGAAGCAUUUGACCCUCGAGCUGCCAUGUUUGUGUGUAACCGCUGGGACAAUAUAGAGGAGCAGCACAGAGAGAAAGUGAAAAAGAGUGCCCUCAGCAAGCUUGAUUAUGUGUGGCCGGGGUUCGAUCCUUCACAGACAUAUUUCUUUUCGACCAAAGACACAAUGAAGCAUUUGCCAGUUGACCCAGACUUUGUAACUGACAGUCUGAUGGCAUUAAUGAAAGGACUGAAACGCCUCUUCGACAGAGCUAGUCACAAUGCCAUCAAACACCAAUAUAUCUGGCUGAAGUACAUGCUACAGCCUGCGUCCCAUCACCUGAAAUCCAUGAUCACACACUGUAUUAUGUCCAACGAGGAAUUGGAGGAAUACUUUGCAAAUGUUGCAGAGAAGCAGAACCGGCUGAUGGCUUCAUCCACAGAAAGUGCCAGAGACUUGCAAAAAGAGCUGAAUAAAAUGUCAUGGGAGCUAAGAGCAUUGAUAUCUGGACAUCUGAAUUUCGAUUCUAUCAGUCCACGAGCGGAGCUGCAGGAUUGUGAGGAAAUCAUUAGCAAGUGUUCUAGUGAAAACUUUUUCGUCAACCAAGCCAACAGACGAUUGCUCGAUGAAAUGAUUGUUCAAAGCCUACUCAAGCAUGUCGAUGAUUAUAUUCAAACGAGAAAAAUUGUGAAUGAAAUGGAAUCCAAAAUUUUAGUGGCUAUUCAAAACCACCUUGGCCUCUUCAAAUCCCAAAUAAGCCACAUAAAGCAUGAUAUGCUUCAUGGUGCCACUACAAGGGAUUCCCGCAGUCUGUCCACCGUCAGCAUGGAGGAGACCACCCUGAAAUCCCUGAGAGGUUCUAGAGAGUCAGUGAUUUCAACGGGCUCUAACUCAUCCAUUGAGGCUUUCCAUGGAAACAUUGUGUUUGAUCCAUCACAGCUUGCAGUCAUGACCAAAGAUCUUCAUUUAAGAAGAAAGGAAGGCAAGUCAGUGUUGACACCAACAGGAAACAGUAAACAUGAGAUUCGACAAUCACUUUUGGGCAAACUAGGUGACAGAAUCAAACAUGGUGUCUUGAGCAGAACAGAGCCAGCAGCAUAUGUUGAGGACAGAAUACGAAAGUUGUCCAGAGACAUUCGUGAAAAUGAAGAGAGCAUUGAAAGCAUCACUAAGAGUUACACAGAUGGAUUCAGCGUAUAUUGUGUAACAAAUGUUGUGAACAGCAUUCCAAAGUUUAUAGAAGUGAACACAAAAUUAAUGGAUGAAAUCAGAGAACAUCGUGGAAUCUUCCAAAGAAACAAAGAUCUGCUAGUAAAAGUCAUGGAAAACCUGGAGCCCUGCAGACACCAUUUAAAAGGCUAUGGUCUGCUAUACAUGGACGACAUUAAUGCAGAGACACUGGUUUUCAACACUGAGCAACGAACGAGUACAGUCACUGUUCCAAAAGACAUUCUGUCUGAAUCUAACAACACUGUUGAUUCCAGGUUACGAGGCUUCGUCAGUCAGGGUCUGUGGACAGCAUUGCAUGGGGCAACAAUCCAGAUUGACAACGCAGCAAAUAAUGUGGUCAUAAAAACAUAUGCUUCUGAUCUGGAUGAGAAAGUGAUUUUGCCCGAGAUCGCUUCUCUGAGAUGCCUCGAAUACACAAACGUGGCCCCAUUCUUGGGCAUGACCAGAAUUGCAUCUGGAAAUAAUUCGAAGAAAACGUCAUUUCACGGUGAAAUGGAAGCUGCGAGCGACAAGGUGUCUGCAUUUAUCUUCAAGGGUGACCUGGUCUCUGCACGGGUCUAUCAAAGAAAAAAGAUGCGCAAAAUGCAGCAGUUUAUUCCAGAGAUGAUUCAGUCUCUGCUGUGUGGACUUAACUACUUGCACCGUGAGCGGUUAGUUCAUAUGGAGCUCAACUUAAAUACCAUCAUGGUGGAGAGAGACAGUGGAGCAGUAAAACUAUGCCAGAUGUGUAAACCUCGAGAAGCCGUGUUUCCCGAAGAUCUUGGAAUAGCUACAGAAGACUACGUAUGCUUGUCACCCAGUGUGCUGCAAGGCGACAUAUAUGAAAGCACUGAUGAUAUUUACGCCUUUGGACUUCUAUUGUGGGAGCUUUUGUUUCCAGAUAAACUUCCAUAUCGAAAGCAGAGAUCGUGGAAGCUGGAAAUGUUCAUCAAUAGUUGUCAUCCAAUUAACAUGCUGCAGACAGACUUGGAGUGUCUCGCAGUAUCUGACGGCGUACGCGAGGUCUUGAGAAGAACACUGCUGAUAUCCAGGGGAAGUAAAUGCUUGCCGCUCUCUGCAAUUCAAAGCUUGUUACUGGACCUUCGUAAUGAGCCAGCGUUAAGACAUACCAAACGUAAACCAGACCUGACUGAUGCCACGUGGAGCAGCUCUGCUUCACUAUCCGCUCCUGUGGUAGAAAUAACGAGUCCAUCAGGCACAGAAACGACAAUUAACUUUACGUUUGGCGGCAGCAUUGAAGAACCAGAUGAUCCAGAAAGCAAUACUGCGGAUUCUUCUAACCAGUAUUCUAACACAGACAAGCCUAACAGACUCCCAGCUCCUCUUGACUGCCUUAAACAACCAGAAGAGAAAUAA